UUUAUUUACCAUGCUGUUAAUUUCCUAAAAAGGUAUUUGAUUGGCUUAGAAUGAUAAAAAUCGUUCCACUCUUUCCAAUUACACUGAUUAAUGGCAUGUCUAUUUAAGUGGUGGUUUGAAUGUUGGUUUUAAUGUAUCAAACAUGGAAUCAAAACCAAGAAGGGCGAGAAAGCCCAACUGGACAGAGGAACAGUGUUUACUGUUAGCCCAGUUAGUGGAGGAACACAAGGCCAUUCUUAAAGGAAAAUUCGGGCCGGGUGUCACAGCACGGGACAAGAAGCAGACAUGGGAGCGUAUAGCACAAACUAUUAACGGUUCAUUCCCCCUGCUUGUGCGCACCAAUGAAGACUGUGAGAAACGCUGGUAUGUGUUGCAAUCAAAAGCCAGAGAGGAAAUUGCAGCACACAAGCGGGAGUCUUCACGCACAGGUGAGUGCUAUAACACUUUUUUGUACGCUGGCAAACUUAUCUCUAACAAUUAUAUAUGUAUAGCCUACUGUACAUGUGGUCCACUGUAUUGUUUUUUAGGGGGGGGACCACCUGCUAAACAGCUGUCCCAAGUAGCCCAAACCGUUUUUAACAUCUUAGGUCACUCAGAAACGAGUAUCACCGGUUUGAAGGAGGGCACAGACAGCUCAAUGAUUCAGCUGGUGGAACUACAAAAAUGUAGCACAGAGCCUUCAGCAGAGGAAUGGGGACCGUCGACAUCGCAGGUGGGCGACCCUCAGCCCGAAGCGCCUCAUUCCCUGCCUUCUGCUGCCACCGCAGCUGCUCCAACACCAUCCCUAGUAGACAAAAAACUGGAGAUGGAGAUGGAUGUCCUAAAGCAGCAGAAAAUAGUACUCCAUCUACAGGAGGAGUACUACAAACUAAAAAUUGAGCUACUCAAAAAUAAAACUAAUAACAAAUAAUAUUUUUUUGUGUCUUCAUAAUAUCUUUCUAAUGAAAAUGUUGGCUAAGGUGUGUCUGUUUAGUCACGAUUUUUAUAUUACAUUCACAGUAACUUACAUGAAAUGCAAAUUAGUAAACUGAGCUCUGUAAGGAUUCCCACUUUGGGACAGAUCCCUCCCUUGUGGAGGGUAUUCUUCAUCAUCCUCUUCAUCAGCCCGAUUGUCCGUGGGAGGGUCUGCAAUUUGUCUAGCUUUACAGAUGUUAUGAAGCACUGCACAGGCUGUUAUCACUUUGCAGACCUUUUCUGGUGCCAGUCGCACCUCUCCAUGCAAAAUGUGAA